AUGGCGGCCGCGGUGGAGGGCUGGUUCGUGGCGUUAGCUGUGGGAGUUUCUUUGCUUAAAUGUCUCUUUAUCAAUGCAUAUCGCUCCACAGAUUUCGAGGUUCACAGGAACUGGUUAGCCAUCACCCACAGCCUGCCAGUGUCUCGCUGGUACUAUGAGAACACGUCGGACUGGACCCUGGACUACCCCCCACUGUUCGCCUGGUUCGAACUGGCCUUGUCUCAUGUGGGACGUCACUUUGAUCCAGAGAUGGUGAAGAUCCAGAGAGCCGCCUACGAAAGCCAGAGUACGGUUCUGUUCCAGCGACUGACCGUUAUCUUUACGGACCUGGUCUACGUCCUGGCCACCCGAGAAUGCUGUCGUUGCGUCUCUCAUCUGAAAUCCUCCAAAGACGUUUUGACUCGACCGCCGUUUGUCCUCGCUGUCCUGCUGCUCUUCAACUUCGGCCUCUUCAUUGUUGACCAUAUACAUUUCCAGUAUAAUGGAUUCUUGAUGGGCUUCCUGCUGCUGUCUCUGGCCAAACAUCUCCAGUCCAAACAUCUCCAGGGGGCGCUCCUAUUCGCGUUGCUGCUGAAUCUCAAACACAUUUUUCUGUACGUGGCUCCAGCGUACGGAGUGUUCCUGCUGCGGUCUUACUGCUUCAGCGAGGACCACCCAGAUGGCAGCUUGAAUUGGAGGAGUUUCAGUCUCCUGCGUCUCUCGGCUCUGGGUUCCAUCGUAGUCUCAGUCACAGCGCUGUCCUUCGGCCCGUUCAUCGCCAUGGGACAGCUGCCUCAGGUCUUGUCCCGUCUGUUCCCGUUUAAACGCGGCCUGUGCCACGCCUACUGGGCCCCGAACGCCUGGGCCUUGUACACCGCGGCCGACAAGGGCCUCACCGCACUGGGUCUUCGCCUCAGGCUCCUGGACUCCUCUCCUCGAGCCUCCAUGACCGGAGGUUUGGUCCAGGAGUUUCACCACACGGUUCUGCCCUCAGUGUCUCCAGCGGUGACUCUGAUCUGCACCGCACUGGCCCUGCUGCCCUCAGUCUUGUGUCUCGUGUCUCGUCCUCGUCACUCGCUCUCGUUCCUGCGAGCUGUGGUGCUGUGUGCGCUCGCCUCCUUCAUGUUUGGAUGGCACGUCCAUGAGAAGGCCGUGCUGAUCGCCAUCCUGCCCCUCAGCCUACUUGCCGUGCAGAGCAGAGAGGAUGCUGGGAUCUUUCUGCUAUUGGCCACGACAGGACACUACUCCCUGUUCCCGCUCAUCUUCACUGCUGCAGAGUUUCCGCUGAAGCUGCUGCUGAUGCUGCUCUUCUCUGUGUUCUCCUUCAGCGCUCUGCACAAGCUGCACGGGCCUGGGCUCCUGUCUCUCCCUGAGCGCUGCUUCCUGCUCCUUCUUCCUCUGCUCUGUGUGAGCUGUGAGCUGCUGCUGCCUCUGUCCUCUCUGAGCUCACGCCUGCCCUUCCUCCCCCUGCUGCUCACAUCAGUGUACUGCAGCCUGGGAGUGACCUACUGCUUCAUCAGGCUGUACAGAACCCUGCUGAGGACAGGGCCGAAGGACAAGCAGAGCUGA